UUAAUUUAGUAACAUUAUGCAUAAAUCCAUAUAUAUAAUUACUACAAAUAAAACAAAUGGUCACAUCCACUAGCUUGCGUUGAGUCGAAUCUACAUACUUUAAUUUGAUCACUAAGUAGAUUUCUCAUUUCCAUUUUGUUUUUGUACUUACUUUAAGAACUUUUUCUCAUAUGUAAUCUCCAACUGAGAAUAAUACCUAUAGUCGGCAUUGCCGAUUGCCGAACCACUUGAAGAGAAGGCGAAGGUUGCCACGUUGAGAGCCAAGCUGGAGGCUGAUCAAGCCAAGUUUGAAAGCGAGCAGAAGAAAGAGAAGUGGUCUGUUGCGGGAUGGAAAAGGAAAGCGGAGGCUGAAGCCGCUCAACUUGCAGAGGCUCGCAAGUGCUGGAAGAAAAUUUGUGAAAGAGAUAAUAAUGAAAAGAGAUCUCUUCGUACCGAUAUGACCAAUCUCAAGGCGGAGAUUGAAAAGUUGAAGAAGGAGAAGACGGAGGCCGAGGUGGCCCGUGAUGAAGCUCGUUCUCAUAGAGAAAUGAGCGAGCAGAGAGAGGAAAAAACCAAGUCGGAGCUUGAGUCUGCCAAAAAAGACUUGCAGCUUGAAAGAGUUGAGAAAGCUGAAACCUCCCGCCGUCUUGCCGAAACUGAGGAGAAGUUAGAAAAUUCUGAAACUGCCCGGGUGACGGCGGAGAGUUUAGUUGAACCUCUGAAGAAUGACAUGCUAUGGAUGAGGCAUCAUGGGGUUAUUAAUGUUGCAAAUUCGAUCUUAAACUCUAUUUACUUGGAUCGGAUUGUCACCAAUUUGAUGGUGACCGCGCGCAAUGACGGAUAUACUCAUGGGUACGCGGAAUGCACCCAACAUGUCACUAACGCGUUGAGGGUUUAUUGGGACAAUAGUAGAUCUGCCACUCGCGGAGCUGAUACUGGUGCUGCUCAUGCUGCUGCUAAGGCAGAAUAUAACAACUUGUGCCUUCCAGUGAUGGGUUUGAUAACUGCUGUACUUCAAUCUGAUGACUUGGUGGCGCAACUGAGGGAUAUACUCCCAGACGAAGCGGAUGCUUCCGAUGAAUAUUUAGAAUAGGUUGUUUUGUACUUUGUGGUUGUUGAACAUGUUUGGGAUGCAGAUCAUGUUUAAGAAAUAUUUUUGUUAAUGCGCUGUUACGCAAGUAACUUUUGCCAAUGCGCUGCCAUGCAUGUAGUUUUUGUUAAUGUGCUGUCGCGCAAGUAACUUUUAUGAAU